UGUGUCUGUGUGUGUGUGUGUGUGUGUGUGUGUUGAGGUGCUGGACGCUCAGCUCUGUCACGCUGCUGUUACUGGUGUCUCUGACGUGGAUCUUUGGCCUCCUGUUCAUGAACGACAGCAGCAUGGUGAUGGCGUACCUCUUCACCUCCUUCAACGCCGUGCACGGCAUGUUCAUCUUCCUCCUGCACUGCGCGCUGCAGAAGAAGGUGCAGAAAGAAUACAGCAAAUGCUUGCGUCAGUCACCCUGCUGUGGCCACGCCUCCUCCACCGGUUCCCACGGUUCCCUCAAGAGCUCCGCCCACAGAGGCAACAAUCGCUACUAUGGCGGCAGCCAAUCACGACACGCGCCAGCACAAAGACAG